AUGGUGCAAAUGCCUUUGCUAAUAAACGAAAAAGAACGUUUCAUGUCAAAUGCAUGCUUCACUUUAUGUCACACAGUAAGCAUGCUGAAAGUAAUAUUUUUUGUCACCAACCGGAAUGCUUUGAAAGAUAUGGCUGAUAUGUUAGAACGAGAUAUGUUAAAGUACAGUGCAGUAUGCACUUGUGGAACGCUUAAUUCGGUUGCUGACCAAUUUGUUUUUAUUGAAGGUGUAAAUGCUACAAAAAAUGUUUCUACGUAUUUGCCUUAUGAGGUGUACAGUUUGUGGACACCCGUACCAGGGUGGAAAUACAAUUUGGCAUAUACAUUUCAACUUGUUGGAUUAGUUUAUGGAGGUUUAUUUAUAUCAGCUACAGAUUCUAUAUUUUGUGCAUUUAUGCUGCAUAUGCGUUGUCAGUUUGAUAUACUUUGCAAGUCUUUUGCUUAUGUGGACAUAAUUGCUAUGAAGAGAAUGUUAUAUCGACUACAUAAAGAUACCUUCCAAAAUUUGUCUUUACAAGAUUUACCUGAAGCAGGAGAGCGAAAAAUAGCAGAAAAACAGCUCAAAACCGAGUUAUUAAAUUAUUAUGAUAAUAAUCAAAUCGAAUUAGAAAUCUAUAUUUAUUUUAGAGAAUGCAUACAACAUCAUUCUGAUAUUAUAAAAUGUGUUAGGACUUUCGAGUCUGUUUACUCGUUACCUCUUUUUGGACAAUUAUGUGUUAGUUCGUUUUCUUUAUGUGCAGCUUUAGUACAAUUAGCACAGAGCGAAUUUGGUAGCAUCAAAUUUGUAAUGUCGUUAUUCUUCUUCAGCCAUAUGACGCUUCAAAUUGCCGUGAUUUGUUUAGUUGGCAAUGAAGUUACCCUAAAGGGUCUCGCAAUUCACGGGGCUGUUUAUAACUCAAAUUGGGUUGGUUCUAAAGGUCUAGGAGCAGAUCGGUAUGCCUUGGAUAUGCGAAUGGUAAUGAUGAGAGCCUGCAGACCUGUUUUUGUGACAGUUGCAAAAUUUACUACUUUAUCUAUACCAACAUUUGUUGCGAUUGCAAAAGGAUCUUACUCGUAUUACAACGUAAUAAGGCGCUAA